AUGUCUUCACGGUUCCCUAGUCGGUGGUCCUUCAGAGGCUCCAAGACACCAAAGGAUGGUGGCACUCCCGAUGAGACCACCUCUCAGAGGGGCUCAUUGCCCGUGUCAGAAUCAGGACGAUCAAGUCGUGGACAAAGCUAUUUCGACAAACGAUAUGCCAACAAUAUUGAUGACGCUUCCAAGUAUAAGGCAAUGACUAAAUUCUUUCAUGUCCGAUUGACGGCGUAUCAAUGGCUCCCUUCGCCAACGCAUUCACCACACGGUUCCACCGGAGUCUUCCUACGCAGGUCGAGGGGUGUCUAUAUGUCGGAACCGGAGGAUGUCAAUCCAAUGUUACUUGCAGCAAUCCAGAGGAUUAAUGCUGUGGUCGCUUUUACAAUGAAGACCGAAACCACGAGUAUCAUUACAUCGCAACUCGCACCUGGCCAGACAGAAUUAAUCCUACCCAAUGGCUAUCAGGUUCAAAUCAUUGAGUCAUAUGCGGAUAUUGUCGGGUCUCAUUCAAAUAUGGUUAAGAAGUAUCAAUAUUCCGCAUUGAUCAGAGAAGAGCAGCUUCUUCUCGUCUGGAAUGAUGAUUUGAAUGCUAUUCUAAGCCAUGGUGCCGAUAUAGAAGCAAAGUUGCUUUCUUUGAUUUGGGGAAGCCCCGUUCCAACAUUCAAUCUUCAAGCGAUACCCAUGAUGACUCCUGCAGAAUCAGUCAUGGCGUCGCCUAAUGAUUCAUUAUACCAUCUAGCUAUCGAGUCAAGAGAUUCACAGCCAGCGGCUGAGGAUUCUGGUGUAUCCCGCGAUGCCUCUCCGAGAAGGAUGAUAUACGAAGAAGUCAAGCGCCCCAAGGAGUCACUAGAACGGCCACUAGCAGUAACCAGCGCGAUAUUCGUCGGAAUGGCCGGAAUGCUUCUUGUAAUCCUCCUUUUAGGGUUUGGAAUCUCUAAUCUGCUUCUAGAGUACUCGGUUGACGGGGGCGCAAUGAGAUUUGCACUUACAGCGACAAUACCCUUUUUCCUCUUGUUCAGUAUAUUCUUUAUGAUCGUUAUCUUCACAGAUAUUUUCCAGGCUAUAGGACCGGUCAAGACGCUUAAAAGUAACUCACGGUUCUAUUCCCCUAUUGCCCCCGAUUUGAAAUCGGCAUAUUCCUUAGGCUUCACACCACCGCGUGUCACCAUUCAAAUGCCCAUCUAUACAGAGUCGCUCGAAGGUGUUAUCAAGCCUACCAUCAGUAGCUUGAAGACGGCAAUAUCUCACUAUGAGUCCCAUGGAGGAACCGCGAAUAUCUUUAUCAAUGACGAUGGCUUCGCCUUGCUUUCCGAGGAGGAGAAGCGUGAGCGGAUCAAUUUCUACCAUGACAACAACAUUGGCUGGGUUGCUCGACCCAGAAAUAACGAGGACGGUUACGUUCGAAAGGGAAAAUUCAAGAAAGCAUCAAACAUGAAUUUUGCCUUAAAUGUCUCUAAUAAAGUUGAGGCAGAACUUAUCCAGCGUAUGUCCCCUACAUUAGAAAAGUCCGACCUGGUUGACCCUAUGGAGGAAGAGCUGGUCUAUCGUGAGGUUUUCAAUCACGUUAUCCAAUCCGACCCUCGCAUUCGUGGAGCUGGUGGUGAUAUCCGUGUGGGUGAAUUUAUCCUUAUUGUGGACUCAGACACUCGAAUACCCGCCGAUUGCCUUCUCUACGGUGCUGCCGAGAUGUUUCUGAACCCCGAAGUCGCCAUCAUCCAGCAUUCCACCAGUGUGAUGCAAGUUUCGCAAGAUUAUUUCGAGAACGGCAUCACUUAUUUCACCAAUCUCAUCUAUUCGGCGAUUCGGUUUGCAGUAGGUAGUGGUGAAACUGCCCCUUUUGUUGGGCACAACGCCUUUCUUCGAUGGCAAGCCGUUCAGUCCGUCGGCCGACCCGAUGACGGGUAUGUUAGUUUCUGGUCUGAAAGCCAUGUGUCAGAGGAUUUCGACAUUGCACUGCGUCUCCAGAUCCAAGGGAACAUCAUUCGUUUGGCUAGCUACCAUAACGACGAGUUCAAGGAAGGCGUCUCGCUCACAAUUUAUGAUGAGCUGUCUCGUUGGGAAAAAUAUGCCUACGGAUGCAACGAACUGGUCUUUAAUCCUGUCCAUACCUGGUUUUAUCGGGGUCCCCUAACCAAGCUGUUCAUGACCUUCUUAUGGUCAAACCUUCAGCUUUCGUCCAAGAUUACCAUAUUAGGAUACAUUUCAUCCUACUAUGCCUUAGCUUCUGGAUUCCCAUUGACCGUGCUCAAUUACUUUCUUGUUGGUUGGUUUGAGGGCUAUCUGGACAAGUUUUAUAUGGAGUCAUGGAAAGUUUUUCUCAGUUUGCUGGUCGUCUUCUCUGCGGCUGGAAAUAUUUGCUUGGCCAUCAUCCGCUACCGUCUUGGAGAAAAGCCAUUGUUGUCGUCCCUCGUUGAGAAUUUCAUGUGGAUGCCUAUGUUUGCCAUUUUCUUCGGCGGACUUUCCUUCCACCUGAGCCUGGCUAUUCUAGCGCACAUGUUCGGUAUUAAUAUGUCCUGGGGCACCACAGCAAAGGAAAAGGACGAUUCCAACUUUUUUAUAGAGAUGCCCAAGAUCUUCAAGAGCUUUAAAUGGAUGUAUGCUGUGGUGCUACCAUUCUUCCCUGGCAUGAUCUACUUGGCCUGUUUUGCCCCCCACGGCUGGACAAUUACAGAAGUUGGUGCUAUUGUGCCCAUGUCGGUCACUUUGGCGUCGCAUGCUCUUUUGCCACUGCUGCUCAAUCCAUCACUGAUGGUCUUCAACUACUAG